UAGGGACUUCCUUCCGCGUGUCCGCUUACGAAGAACAACGACCUAAAAACAGCGCGGGCAGCUGCCACAAGCAGCCUGGAGGUGUUCCGCACCUGGCUGGUAUUCAAGUUUCCCUUGCCUACCUACCUGACCUCAGGCAGCCAAGAGACUCGGAAGCACCCGCGCAAGCACCUCAAAAACCCCACUUGCCUUUGCAGGCCAGCAACCCAACAGCGCACAGUCAAGCAUGUCCCCUGCCAAUCGACUGUUCAUUUUCAGAAAGGUGGCUUCGCGUCACGGCGACGAUGAGACGAGCAACACCACACCAGCACCCGACGCCGACAAUUCGGUGGUGGACCGUGAACCUCCGCCCGCAUACGAGCCUGGAACGAGCAGUUCGGCCUCAUCGAAUGCACCAAAUGUUCCAAAUGUGCCAAAUGCACCGGGCGGUGAGGCUGCCAGUCCGAUUGCGGCGUUGGACCGUCUCGCCUCGUCCAACCUACCCCUCGACAGUGUGGACAUGUGUCUCGCCCAUUUGAAGCUGCUGUUCGCAUUCCAGUGGAUGAAGGAAGAUGUCGGAUUCACCGACGGCCUCUGGGGCCUGUGGGACUCUCACGCGGGAACCCUGGACCCCGCGCGCAUGGGACGGCAGAAUCCGGGGAACAUGCGAAGGAGAGCGGCGGGAGCAGACGGGAAAUCUGAAGUACCUAUUGAGAUCAGAAUGGGAGACAAGGACCUGGCGAUAUUGAGCAAGAUCCGCGAGAAGAGGUGGGCCUUGUUCGUGGCUCGAGCUGUCGAUCGGUACCGUACCUGGUGGAAGACCGUGAUGAGAUGGCAGCAGAGCGCGCCCCUUACCGAGGACGACAUGCGCGUUGCUGGAUCUCCCCGGUAUUCAGAGUUCCCUUCUAACCCCGACGAUAUCCUGCCCUGGCGCGAAGACAUGUUGCCCCCGCUUGAUGUCCUCCUGGUAUGGCACACGCACAUGUUGAACCCCCGCGCCUUCCUCGAAGACUGCAUGCUGGCCGGGUUGAGGCGGUUCUGGGUCACCGGUAUGCCGUGGCAUCUCAUCAACAAGGUUAUCGACGGCGAGUUCAACUACACCGUGUCUGCCGAGUACGUGCAACGCUGGACUCGCGAGACUGGGCUUGCCUGGGAAAACGCCCAGGACCCCAUGGCCAAGACGAUCAGAUGCCCACGCUGCAACACCUCGAUCGACAUCACAUGGACUACGUGCGAAUUCCCGGAGCAGGCUCAAUUCCGGUCUGGUGACGACAGUUACGACCCAGGCAACGGCUACGGCGAUGCCAAUCUGCAGUUCCCCUGUCCGAGCUGCAACAUGAUUGUAUGCAAGGAGCUCCUCGCGACCGCUCAAUUUGUACAGGACCACAGGGCUCUUCUUAGUCCAAUCGGCCGCCCCAUGCCGGGGACGCUGCUUGACCCCAUAACCGGUACUCCCUCCCGGCCAUCAUCCCCCUGGGUUCCGCCAGCCCACGAAUUCCCCAAUAGGCUGCUCAAGAGCGGCUGUGGCUUCAUCAGGAGCAACAUAGCUACCCUCAUGGUCUCGGGAACCCCGAAUCCAAGCAUGAAAGACGUGCGCGCCAUGAUCGACAACGUCAUGAAAGACAAAAACAACAUCAGAGAAAUUGAGCAGGUCCCCCCCUCCGAAUGGUUUCGGUUACCCGCGAAAUCGAGGAUGGCGGUCCGCAAGAUGAUGUCGCGCUACUGGGAGAAUUUUGGCCCGUUCGCGCUCGAACUUGGCGCCGCCGUCAUGCGGCAGGGCAUCUUUGUCGAGAAGAUGUGCCAGUUGGACUGGCUGCAUAGUCCGACAGCGCGUGACACGAUGGCGCGGCUGAUCGUCAAGUACCAAAGGUUCAUGCAAAUCAUGGCCAGGAAUCCCGGCAAGAUCGCGGUGCCGACCUUGGAUGUCGACCUCGCAUGGCACACGCACCAGUUGAGCCCAGGCCGCUAUUACCAAUACACGGUGAACCUCGCCGGGCGGUUCAUUGACCACGAUGACAAGAUCGACAGCACCACCCUGGGAGAGCAGUUUGAGUGGACCAGCAAAAUGUACCAGGAGUUGUACGGCGAGGUGUACAGCGAGUGCACCUGUUGGUAUUGCGAGUCCGUCCGUUCCUCGCAUAUCAGCAGCGUCGGACGUGUCCUUGGCCUGUCCAGACAAGAAAAGAUAGCCGAAUCCUUCCACGCCUCGGGCGCCGCCUCUCUGCAUCCCCCUUCUUCCUCGGCACACAUAUCGGCCCACCCGGCGGUCCUCUCAAAACCCGACCCGACAAUCCUUUCCGCCCAGCCCUGGAGCAGCAUCGCCUUCAUCGGUAAGAUUAGGGAGGAGAACUACCGGCUGCGGCUCGACACGGCGUUGGCCAAGGCACGCGCCCGCGCGAGGAAGAAGGGCCGCGAGCCGCCCCGGCGGGAGGACGUCUACUACGACCACUGGGGCUACCCGUACGCCUACGCGGCGCCCUACGUCUACCCGCUCUGGUGGACGCCGGGGCUGUACUACGGGUGGUACCCCGGAUACCUGGCGCUGUGCGGCGCCGGCGCGCACGCGGCGUGCGUGGCCGGCACGUGCGGAGGCGGCGUCGCGGCCGGCGCUUGCGGGGUGCCCCAGGGAGGCGGGUGCGGUGGUUACUCAGGGGCUGGCUGCAGCGGAGGAGGUGGAUGCGGCGCUGGUUGUGGUGGUGGAGGAGGUGGUGGAAGUGGCGGCGGAGGUGGCUGUGGUGGAGGUGGAGGCUGUUAGUUUUAUGCUGCCCUUUGCGGCUGGUAACUUCCUGUUUCCUCAGUUGUCUGCAGGACGAACGAGUGUUCAAUGGGGGGUUUCCAACUCUCCUAUGGAGUAACGAUGCGCGGUGUCUUCGGCUUUCGGUUUGUCCACGAGCUCUUGUUUUGGAUCAAACGAGGUUUCAGGGUUGCUUUAUACCGAAGGUAUUUAUGGCUCGACACCGUUCUUUUUCAAGUCUAAUUAACGAACUUUCCA